GUCAAAUCCAAUUGCCAAGAGAAAGAAAGUCACACGCAAAGAUAAAAAAAACUAAACCAGAGUGAAAUCGACUAGAUAUUUUCCGCAGUUUCCUUUUCUCUCUCUCGCUAGACGUUCCAGAAAUGAGUGAGACGCAUUUUGUAUAUGUAGAUGUGGAGAGUUUGGGCGUGUGCGUGGGUGGAGAGCGACGAUUGGAUCAUUUCCCCGCAUAUAGUUUGAACGCAGAGUCCAACAACGGCUGACCACGAUUUCCUUCUUUCCUCUCUAGCGGCUUUUUUCCGAUCAAUCGUAUUAUCCGGUACACAAAAAUAAGGCGCUGCUGGCGGCACAUUUUUAUUGACUAGCCGCAAGUUUGAUGCGCUUGUCAUGUUCUCGGCCGUCUUACACGACAACGCUCUUUAUUUUUUCCACGCACUCACUAUAGAGAUAUAGUGCUCUCAUUCUUCUCUAUACUUUUUCCUUUCUCUCAUUUUCCUCUGGGCUUUUUUGGCACAUUUCACCCGAGUUAUUGGAGAGGCCGACAACUAACACACUAGCACAGUUAUAUACAGUCUACACGUCUCAAUAUAUUGAGUCAUCGAGUACUCUAUACUAGACUACACAGCGCACAUAAGAAAAAUACUAGGUAUCCGAAAUAAAGAAUAAAAAGGACACACACGAUGUUGAUGGAGAAAGAGAGCGAGAGAGAGCGCUUGAGCGCACUCUGUCCGAUCGAUACCUGCCGUGCGAAGAGCGCGAGUGAUCGAUAUUAUUUCUAUUCUGUUAGAGAUGUGUAUUUUUCCAGGAUCUUCUUUCAUUUCCAGGAGGUGUAUAGUCUCUCCCAACUUCGACUCCAUUUUAAUAAUGGCUCCUGGUAGACUAGAUCCAUGUUUUAUUGUCAUCCGCCUUAUUCCCAAGGACACACAGCCAGCCAGUGAGAGAGCGGAAUGAUUUACAUCUCUGUUUUAUUGGUUGAACGUGCCGAAACAAACUUUCCACCCUCCAUAAGUGUCGACGUCGAAAAUGCGACGUAUGUCGGGGCGGCGGAUAAAAGUCAUGUGUGUGUGUGUGGGCGGCGGUACCGUUCAACAAGUCGUAUCUUGUUUUCGUUUUUUCUUUCACCGCGGGAAAAAAUAAAAAAGAGCGACGUGGAAGCCCCCCUUCCCCUCCCGACGUCAAACGCAGUUACGUCUAUCGAUUGAGUGCGCGCUCUCUUCGUCGUGUAAUCAUGAUGCCCAGCAGUUCUCGUUUGCGCUGACGGACAGACAGUUUUCUGAAGAGGCAAGCUCUCGGCAAUAUUAUCUCACAACUUUAAGUCGGAAGUCUAUAAACUUAUACUCUUUUAUCCUGUUUGAAGUCCAUUUUUUUUGAAUUGCGAGAUUCUUCUUCUAUCUACCUUUUCUUUCCGCUUUUUUUAAACCAGGAAUUCCCAGCAUUUCUGUUUAGUUUUUUUCUCUUCAAACCAACUCGUUUUAUCUUCUUGCUCGGUCUCGGGAGCCUUUUAGAAAUUGUCCUGGCACAUUUAGUGCUGCCGUUCUUUAUAUUCUCCUCGCCGGUUGUCCGACGACUCGUCACUGAACAGUUAGACGUUAGAUGUAUAGAGAUUACACGUUAGAGGAAAAUUGGAUGGAUCGGCUCUACGACAGCAGUCAUCAAAUUAUUCCGCCAACCGGAGAAAAAGUGCCUCCUGACGGUAUAGCUACCUACUAUUAUAACGCUUUUUUCUUUUGUGAUGUACUAGUAGAGCAAAUGUAAAUGUGUGCUGCACAUGUAUGAAUCAAGCGGCAUUUGUACACAUACUUGUGGCGCAGUUCCGAUGGACGUCAUCCACACAAGUCAGUUAGAUUGACGGACGAAAAAUAUAGUCCCAUUGUGUAAUAAUAUCUAGAGCUAGCCUCGUUUUGUGUGUGUGUUCGCUACAGCUCGUUAAACACAAUCAGACAUGAAUAUCGUCUUCCUUUUUCAACAAUUUUCACGAGCCUCAUCAUCGUCUUUAUCCGAUGAGCCUCUUCAGUUUUUCCGCUCUACUGCGGGUGCCGGUUAAGACUCGGCAAGAAAAUGUUUCCGCGAAAGAAUACAUUUAAAUAUCUAGCGUGUACGUAUACACGCAAUCGUUGUCGUUAUUUUUUUUUUAAUGAGACGCAGGCGCAAUCAUAGUGGUAACAGGAAGUACCACAAUCUCCAAAAAAUAAUCAAAACUUUGAUAUUGCUGUUUAUUUGGGCGUGUCAUUUUUCUUUUCUUAAUUUUUUUAAACUACGCGCUUCGAGAGAAAAAAUAAAGUUUCGCUCCAACUCGCCGCCAAGUAAUUAUUAGCGCUCGAUACGCUGCUACUACACUAAAAAAAAGAGAAAAGGGAAAAAAAAGGAGGGAUUGUUGAUAUUUGGCGCAGUGAGGUUCACGGUGUUACUCGGAUAGAAAGGGCAGAGCAUACUAGUCAUCUGGCAAUGCUGCACCGUGCUACUCUUUUUUGGAAUAAAUCGGGCGCCCGCCAUUGGACGACACUGGAAUUUUAGAGAAAAUUUGUUUAUUCCCUCUCGAAGUUAUCCGUUUUCAUCCAGUUGUGUUUAGCUCUUGACGGCUAAUUACUAUCAAAUCUGGAGGACGAAGAAUUUUGUGAUUCCAGUGAGAGGGGUGAGGUGGAUGAAAUGGCAGCUAAUGGCGAAAUUCAGUGGUGCUUCUCUCAAGUUAAAGGCACACUAGAUGAUGAAAUCACAGAAGCUGACAUCAUUUCCUGUGUCGAAUUCAAUCAUGAUGGAGAUUUGCUGGCCACUGGUGAUAAGGGUGGACGGGUUGUCAUCUUUCAGAGAGAUCCAGUGUCGAAAACAUCAGUACCUAAACGAGGAGAGUACAAUGUCUACAGUACUUUCCAGAGUCAUGAACCUGAGUUUGAUUACCUCAAGUCAUUGGAAAUUGAAGAAAAGAUCAACAAAAUCAGGUGGCUAAGACGGAAGAACCCAGCUCAUUUUCUCCUUUCAACCAAUGACAAGACAAUCAAACUUUGGAAAGUAUCUGAACGAGACAAGAGAGCAGAAGGUUACAAUCUGAAAGAUGAGGCAGGUGAAAUGAAGGACAGGGGAGUUCUAACAGGACUUAGGGUUCCAGUGUUAAAGCCAAUGGAACUAAUGGUUGAAGCAUCACCACGUCGCAUCUAUGCGAACGCACACACGUAUCACAUCAAUUCGAUCUCCGUCAACUCAGAUGCCGAAACGUAUUUAUCUGCUGACGAUUUGCGUAUCAAUCUGUGGCAUCUAGAUAUCACGGAUCAGAGUUUCAACAUAGUCGACAUCAAGCCGGCCAACAUGGAAGAGCUGACUGAAGUCAUCACGGCUGCCGAAUUCCAUCCGACCGACUGCAACCAUUUUGUGUACAGCUCCAGCAAGGGCCUCAUCAGACUCUGUGACAUGAGGAUGGCCGCUUUGUGCGACAGACACGCUAAACUGUUUGAAGAGGCGGAAGACCCAGCCAACCGCAGUUUCUUCUCUGAAAUUAUUUCUAGCAUUUCCGAUGUGAAGUUCUCCCGCUCUGGCCGUUACAUGCUAUCUCGAGAUUAUCUUAGUGUUAAAGUGUGGGACUUGCACAUGGAGACGAAACCGAUUGAGACAUAUCCAGUGCACGAGUACCUCCGUUCCAAACUCUGCUCACUCUACGAGAACGAUUGCAUCUUUGAUAAGUUCGAGUGUUGCUGGGGCAAUAACGACCAAGCCGUUUUGACGGGGUCGUAUAACAAUUUCUUUCGCAUGUUUGAUCGUACUUCCAAACGCGAUGUCACAUUGGAGGCUUCGAGAGAAAUUGCCCGGCCCAAGACGACACUCAAAGCCAAGAAGAUUUGCUCGGGAGGCAAACGAAAAAAGGAUGAGGUCAGUGUCGACAGUCUGGACUUCAACAAGAAAAUUCUCCACACGGCCUGGCACCCGACUGAGAACAUCAUUGCCGUCGCGGCCACCAACAACCUGUUCAUAUUCCAAGACAAGUUUUGAAGAAUUACGAGGGAAAGAAGGAGGAAAGAGUCCAGCCGGAAGUGUUCAGAGAUUAUUAAAAACGAGACUUAAAAAAAAAAAAAAACUAAAUUGAAAGAACAAAAACAACAAAAAAACAAACAAAAUAACAAGUAAUAAUUUGAAAACAAAGAGAGGAGUUGGCUCGUCUUGUUUGUUGCCUGAGAAACGCUUCCGAAUGACAAUUCUUCAUUUUGUGUUCGAUGAUUGAUGGCGCAGUCGUGCCAGCAGCAAAAGAAUACUGUAAAGCAACACAGCCAAAUCGUUCAUCUUUUGCCAUUGGACGACUUUGCCCUCGUCAUGUCUUUCUUUUUGUUUGUUUUUUUUUUUCCUUUUUUUUUUUUUUUUAAAUUUCGUGUCGGAACAAAAAUGGGAACGGCUGACUAUAGCGACUAUACACCUUUUCCGUCUUAAAUAACUUCUAAGGCUCUUCUUCUUCCACUUCGUCUUGAAACGCUGCGAUAGCGUCCGUCUAUGAAUGCUCUCCACGGCCCCUGAAAAACCUGACUGACCGACGGUCAAACUAUGUCAAUGGUCCCAAUUUUUCUCUAUCUUUUUUCUUGCAGCGUGUCAAAAUGUUUUAUUUAUUUAUUUUGCCUCCCUCCAUUGGCCUAGAAUUCCGUCUCUCUUGCCCCGUCUCCCAGCUCUCGGCCAUUUUUGCUCCUUGCUCGAGUCGCUAUAGUCGAGCAAUCUACCACGCAGAUCUGACAGUUUCUUUCGUCGUAGGACAUCAUCGUCUUCCCCGAAGAGUUUAUAUCGAGAGUGAGGUUUAAAGCGAAUGUGAGAGAUCGUGAAUAGAUGUGAUCAAAAAGGCUACAAAUGGUUCAAUUCCCGCCCUGAUGCACGAGAUUUGAUUCUUCCCACGAGGCGUCCAUUUAAAGCCUAGUCAGCUCAAGAGACUUCUUUUUUUUUUUGUCUUCAGCGUGCGGUGGUUUCGUGUUGGGAAAUGGGGGAUGGAAAUUGGAAUUUGAAAAAGGAGAAAGAGGAGCCACGAUAUUAAUUUCACGAGGAAAAAAAAAAGAAAGAUAUCAAAACAAAAAGAGAGUGGCGAACGCUAAUUGUGCUCGACUGUCAUGCCAAGAAAUUUUGCUUCAGUGCAACCCUUUUACCGUGUUUUCUUCUACACUCCUUCCAACCUCUUUGUGUGAUUGGAGGGACUGUCCGAAACAUCGUUCAAGGUUCUUCUUUUAAAGAGCUGGAUUCGAGAGAACGUUCACAACUGGAACAACAAAUCACGUCAUUUUCCGAUAUUGAAAUUCAGUUCCCUCCAUCAGACAAAAAAUGUAUCCAUCACCUUUUUUUUUCUACCACACACCGGCACUUAACCUUUCGCCAUCUCCCCGCGGUGUUACACCGACAUGCCCUCGUGUAAUUUCCCCUUCACCCCCUCUCCCGUCUUAUUUUUCCAAUUUCUUCAUUAUUAUUUUCUAGAAAUGGUCCCCAAUCCAUUUCUUUAUUGUAAUUUUUUCGAUAUUUAGAUUCACUUGAAAUCCAAUCUUGCGUUGAUGAAAUGAUUUUCUUCUUUUCACUUCUUCCCCUUCUUCCUCUCAUACGUGUGAAGUCGGCCACGUUGUACGUUGUACAGAUGUGUCUUUUUUUGGUAGCAUGUGGAACAAUACACUGACCUUUUAUGA